AUGCAGAGACUACAGAAAAUAUCAAGGGCAGCUUUUUCUGUCAAUAGGAGCUUGGUGAACACUUUCAAGUAUGCAAAGCAGGAUCAAUUGUAUGUUCACCAGCUGAACAAUGAGAUAACAAAAGUUUCCUUCAGUGAAGAUCCAGACAAGCUAGCGAUUGGUGCACUCAAGGGUUUAAUCAAUGAGAAGGAUUUGCUUAUUUCACCUGAUAACUUCAUCGAAAACAAAGAUUUCUUGAAUGUAUUGCAUAAAACAUAUUCUGAUCAUGCCCACAAAGAUCAAGCAUACAUUUACGAUGCCUUAAACUAUGCAAAUAAUCAUAUGGCAUUAUCGGACUAUAAGAAGAUACUGAAGUACAUGGACGAAAGACCUGAAACUCAAAACACUGUGGGGUAUGUCCUUGUCGAUAACAAGGGUGCCAUAGUUCCAGAUAGCUAUGAACAAAAUGAUACUUACACUCUGUGUAAUAUUGAUGGCAUUAUCAAAUUGAGUGACUUCAUGGCCGAAAAACUACAAGAAAAUUUAUAG